AUGCUUGAGAAAUGUUUGCUGGAUUGGGGUCUAGAAGAUCUUUUUGGUGUGACUUUGGACAAUGUCAGUGCAAAUAGUGUCGCAAUUGAGUAUCUUCAAACCAGUGUCAUCAAUUGGACAGGAGCAACAAUGAGAUCUCAAUACAUGCAGGUAAGGUGUGAUGCACAUGUUCUUGCGCUUGUUGUCAAAGAUGUUGUGUUGUUGUAUCACAAGUUGUCCAAAUUCAAAGAAUGUGCUGCUCUCGAGAAGAUUGAUUGUAAGAAGAUGGUUUUCCUUGAUGUGAAGACCAGGUGGAAUGCUACGUAUUUGAUGCUUGAAUCUGCCAUUCCAUAUGAAAAGGUAUUUAAGAGGUUAGAAAGGGAGGACAAGAGCUUUCGUUCUAAGUAUAUUUUCAAAGAAUCUGAAAGUGAAGGUUUACCUAAUACCGAUGAUGAUACUGUUGUAAUUGAUAAUGAAGAUUAUUAUCUUAGUUCAUCUAGUGAAUCUGAAUGUGAGGGAGAUGUAUCUAGAAAGAAGAAUACUAAGAAAAAGAACAAGCCCCGUCAUCAUGCUCCCUAUGCUGCAGACUGGUCAUAUGCUAGGUGUCUUGUUAAGUGUUUAAAAAUCUUCUUUGAUGUUAGUGUUAAGUUCUCGGCUUCAGUUCAGGUUACUUCACAUGAAUUUAUAUGGCAGUUGGCAUUGAUCCAUGAACAGUUGGUUCGUCUUAGAGAUAUAGGAAACCGAGAUCCUCAUAUUUCUAGGAUGACAGAAAUAAUGUUUCGAAAGUACAACGCAUAUUGGGGGGAUUAUGAAGAUAUGAACUCUGUUAUGGUUACAACUGUUUUGAAGGCUGUGAAACAAGAUAUGGGAAGACUUUAUGAUGAGUACACCAGCAUGUAUUCAAAUGCCAAUGUAGAGGAAGGUAUUGGGUCAACAGCUGCUGCUGGUGUUGAUGACAUGGUUGUUUCUGUGCAAAAAGAGAACAUUGAGGAUAUGCUUGAGUCAAGGAAGAAAAGGAGAAGAACGAAUGUUCAUAGCACUCAUCCAAAGUCAGAACUUGAAAGGUAUUUGCUUGAUGACUGUGAAGCGUCUACCAGGGAGUUUGAUAUUCUAGCAUGGUGGCAGGCUAAUAGUAUCAAGUACAAGGUUCUAUCACUUAUGGCGAAGGAUAUUUUGGCAAUACCAGUGGCUUCUGUUGCAUCAGAAUCUGCAUUCAGUACCGGAAAGCGCAUUCUUACCCCAUGGAGAAGCUCGCUAUCUUCCAGGACAGUUGAAGCACUUCUCUGUACGCAAAGCUGGUUACAGAAACCUAUCUCUCAUGAUUUUUUGUGUGACUAUGUACCAGAUGACAAUUCCAACAUUGAAGAUAGUAAUAGAAUCUCUUCUCUUUUGACUUGA